GCUUGGCGCAUUCGUUGAAAAGCACUCAAGCCAACAUGUUGCGUCUCUGCUCGUUGCUGCUGCUGCUGGCGGCUACACUAGUCAGCUGCGAGGUUAUACACUUCCAAAGCUGCUCGGACGAGUGCUCGAUAGCUCAAGUGCGUGUGGAUCCUUGUCCGCAGGCAGCUCACAAUGCUGCUUGCAAUAUCAGACGCCGUCGUCCCACCACCAUGAGCUUUGACUUUACGCCCAAGUUCAAUGCGGCAACGCUGGAGACUACGCUGGUUUGGGUUAAGAGCGAAACGCAUGAGCUGCCGCUAAUUUCGCUGGAGCGCGACACCUGCAAAACCAUCAGUUGUCCCAUCAAGAGCGGUGAGCAGCAAACUUACACAAUGGAUGUGCCCAUUGAGGCCAAGUUCCCCAUCAGUGGCUACACCAUACGCUGGCGGCUCACAGAUCCCGUUAGCAAGCAGCACUGCUGCUUCCAGCACGACAUUAAGGUGGUGCGUUGAACUAUGUGACAAACUGUUUGGCGCUCUGUGUAAAUAAAAUUGUAUUUUUCGACCUAAAA